AUGGCCAAGCGCUCGCUGCUGCUGCUGCUGGCCGUGUGGGUGCUGGCUGGGGAGCUGUGGCUGAGCACCGAGGCCCGGGCAUCACCCUACGGAGUGAAGCUUUGCGGCCGGGAAUUCAUCCGGGCCGUCAUCUUCACCUGCGGGGGCUCCCGAUGGAGGCGGUCAGACAUCCUGGCCCAUGAAGCUACGGGUGACACCUUCCCAGACACAGACUCUGACACAGACAGCGAGCUGGACGGGGCAGUAGCCUCCAGCGAGUGGCUGGCCCUGACCAAGUACCCCCGGGCUUUGUAUGUAGACCGACCUGGCUGGCAGGGAACUCCAGGGGCUCCGCGCGCUGUCCGUGAUGUCCUGGAUGGCCUCUCCAGCAACUGCUGCAAGUGGGGGUGCAGUAAGAGUGAAAUCAGCAGUCUCUGCUAGACCAGCGACCGGGUGGCCAGGGGCCCAGGGGCCAGCUGGGCACCUGACUCUGGCCCCUCAUGCGUUCAUUCAUCCGCAAGUCAGGGGUCAGGCACUGUGCACUUGG